AGGUAAUCCUUCUCAGGCAGUCAUUCUGAAUGAUGAAACAGGGGAAAAUGACAGCUUCACGCAGUCCCGGUCCAGGAGCCAAGAAUAUAAUGGAGAGAUUUCUGAAAUUGAAAGUGAAGGAGAAGUGAUUUAGGUGGUCAUCACUGUGCAAGAGGCUCAAGCUCCAGAAAUCAAUGAGGACGAUGAUCAAGAACGCCUUGUAAUUAAUGAGGGAGGCUAUGAAGCUCAAAGAGGAAGCCGCAUGGUGGAAACCGAUCCAAAUGAUCAUGGGAAAAAGAUAAUGGAACCAGAAAGUGAGUUUGAGUCUUCAAAUAGUGAUGAAGAUAGGAGGACACAGUAUGAACGCAUAGGAAGAAAUCAUGUGAGGGUUCUACAACGUGAGGAGAGACGUCAACAAGCUCUAGCUCUCCGUCGAGGCCCAGUUAUAAACAUACCAGGUAAUGAUUUCUUUUGGAGAUUAAUAUUCCAUACAUACUGUGUAUGCAAUGGUUUACCUUUGUUCGGACUACAAUACAAAAUGUUGCCAGCUCUUCCAGCGAUUGCCUCACCCUGCACACAGGCUGGACUAGUGGCAAAUGAUGCGCCGUCAGGGAUUGAUCUGCCAACAUUUCAGCCUGCAGCUCUUCCAUGGAUUGCCUUAGCCGAGACACAAGCCGGACCAGUGCCAACUGAUGCGCCAGCAUGGGUGGCUCUCCCACCAUUUGAGCCUGCAGUGCCAAUCGUUGACUUGACAGGAAGCAGUCCAGAGCAAUAUGGUCACGGAUCUAUUCGACUGCCUGACCAUACUAUUGCAACUGAAAAUGUGAAGACUGAAACAGUUGAAGGAGAGGUUGUGCAAACAGUGAUGAUGCCAGCAAACCUAAACAUUAAGGAUGGAACUCGUAACAGAGGAAACAAUCAUAGCCUCAAGUUUCAAACAACAAUAGACGGACUGGGAUAUGUUGGAGCAUCACCACCAGUUGGCUACGGUGGCAUUACACAUAGAGAAGAAGUUCCAUAUGACAUAGCUGCAACUGACAAUCCACAGAGGACAUGGUCACUGGAUGCGGUAACUCAGAACCAGGGCUCAGGAGGCGACAGAAGCGAAGUGCUAAUAGAGGGAGGCAACAGUGCCGCCAAAGAAGACGCCUUGAAAGAUCAGACAGACACGCAGCACACAUACAGAGUUCGGAUGAAUGCAAUGACAGUGAUGACAGAGGGGGACAAAAUUUGACAGACGACAUUGCCAUGAUGAAUCAAACGGAGAGAGAUGCUGAUGACAUGGCCCCUUCAAGGGGAUUCAUCGAAGAUGGCUCACAAACAGUGGGCAGGGGUGUCCUUCAGAGCAACGCAGGCUAUGUCUUCCCAGGAAUUACUGUUAGGGAAAUAGGUGGAAGCUCGGCAGCAGUGAAAUCCCAACAAGGACGUUGGCAUGGAUUAAACCGAGCUGACAUGACUGUCCAGGAUCAUCUAGAGGGAGCUGAGGCCAUACCAAUAGGCAGAGGUGUUCUUCGUAGCACUGCGGAUAUGUAUUCCCAGGAAUAACAAUCAGGGCCAUAGGGGAGAGCUCGGCGGCAGUGAAUACUGCUGGGAGUGGUGAUCAUGCAAUGAACCAGCAGCCAUCAAUGACUGAUAACAACCAAGGAACGACUGCUGGAGGAAAUGAUGAGUCACUCAGGGGCACCAACUUUGUGUCAAGCCGAAUGAAUAGGAAUCUAUGGUUGCACAUAGGCAUGGUGAGGACCAUAGUUAAAAUGGAAAUGGGUGAUAGGGGAGACAAGUUCUCAGGUAAGGUUGGGCUAAAACACGAGGAGCCGCUUGCCAGGAAUGUGCUUGAUUUUUGGGGCAAAAUGUGCCGAAGUAGCACGAGAAACCUCAGAAGGAAAUGGUACAAACACCUGGUCCCAUAUCUGAUAGUUAUGUCGGGGGAAGACUUUGUGAAUGAAUUUGGGCCAAAUGGGCACCUAACAAGCGUGGGUUGGGGAGCAGUUUCGUGAAUGCUUACAUGGAAGGAUGGACACAUGUACGGUGACUGGGAGAUCAGGUGGCGACAUAUAUUCGACUUGCGUUUUGUGCUAGCUCUCAUGUACAGGUCAUACGAUUUGGACUUUGAAUUCAUGAAUAAGAUGAUGAGUUAUGAGGCACUCGGCUAUCAGAUGCAAUGGACAAAGAAGCUAAUGCUCCCAGUUCCAAUGAUGGAAAGCUGGUCUCUAUAUGUUGUGGAUGUUGAAGAAAGGACUUUGUUGGUCAUGGACCCAUGCGAGACGUCCGAGCCUAUCAAUGAGAUGCGAUACAAGCAUGAAGACAAUGCAAAAUUCAUCCUGGCAGGACUUCGGCGAUGCAUACAUGAGAACAUCACGGGGUGGUACGUGCCAGCUCAAGGCUGGACCAUCCACUACAAUGUUGGCAUGCAUGCUAGCUGUGAACUAGGACAGUUCGUUGCACAUUGUCAACUACAGCAGGGAGUACACUGGCCUAUAUCUCCAGACUAUACUAACCCCUAGCCGCCUAAACUAUCUGCGUCAGUCAAUUGCAUAUGAAGUUAUUUCCAUGAGGGGAAACAUUAGAGAGUUGCCCGACUUCAUGAUUCAGGAGGUGCUGCCAUUCUAAGCUGGUAGACGACAAGACAAUACAUCUUGGACCUAUGAUUUGCGAGCUCAACAUAUGCUGGCUGUCGAAGAAAAGCGUGUUUGCCUCUGCAGGAAAUGUUAGUUGCCAUCCCACAUAUAUGUGGUGUGGUAAUGGUUCCCAUAUUUUCAGCCUCUAUGAAACGAAAACCAAUGUAGCGUCUACCCCAUAUUCCCAGCCUAGCUACCAUCUCUUAGUUGUUCACAAAUUGCUUCUGAACCAGUCAUGUAGAACCUCUAUCUAUUUAUUAUGCAUGUGCCCUUGUCGGUAAUAUGUAACUAAGACAUGUGUGUGCAAGUGUAACUUGUGAUCACUGUCCAUGGUCAGAAAUUAUAAUGUUCAGUUGAACAAUUAUUGUUACCAAUUGUUGUGUGAUAACCAAUGAAAAUGGACAA